UUGCGGGUUUCCCACAGCAGCUGUCCUGCAGGGACCAGCAUCUCAUGCAUGCCUGGAGGGACAAAAGAGCAAUGCCAGAAAACCCUGUAGGAGGUUCCAGGCCAUUCUGGCUGCAUAACAAGACAUAUCUUUUAAAAAAAAAGUUUGGGGACUCAGGGAGCAAAUGCAGUAGCCAUGCAAACCUGGUGACUGAAAUGUGAUUCCUAGAAUGUACAGGUCAAAAACCUGCCUUGGGGACUAGAGAAGUGGCUCAGAGGUUAAGUGCACUGGCUGCUCUAUCAGAGGACCUGGGUUCAAUUCCGGGCACAUGGUGGCUCACAACCAUCUGUAAUGGGUUCCUUUAUUAUUGUUGUCGUUCUUUUGUUUGUUCUGUUUUUCAAGACAGGGUUUCUCGGUGUAGCCCAGGGUAGCCUCAAACUCAGAGAUCCACCUGUCUCUGCCUCCCAGGUGCUGGGGUUAAGGCACGUGCAGCAAGGUUACAGCCCAGCCGUAAAGGGUUCAAAUGCUCCCCUCCGGCUUUCAGCCAUGCACUCAGUGUAUUCUAGAGUAACGCAUGCAUAAAUCAGGUGUUUUGGGAAGGUGAUGUGGUAGCACACAUCCGUAAUCUCAGCACUUCUACUGAAGGACGGGAGUGGAGACAGAAGAAUUGUCUGGAAACCUGCAGGCCGGAUCACUUGAGGUAUGUAGUAUAGCAGUAGAAACCAAAGACUCAAAUCUGAGACCAGCCUACCUUUAUGAGACCCUCUCUCUCAAAAGCAAGCAAGCAAACAAACAACAAAGAAACAGAAAAGAAACCCGGAGGGUGGGGAUAUGGCUCAGGGGACAAUGUCCAGCACAAGAAUGAAGACCUAAGCUCGGGUCCCAGAACACACAUGAAGCCAGAUUCUAUGACACAUGUCUGUAAUCGCAGGAUCCUACAGGUAGAUUUGAAGCACAGAUAGGAGAAUCCCUGGGAGCUCACAGGCCAGCCAGCCAAGCAUUCAGAGCAGCACACCAGAGAUCCGAUCUCACGGUCGAUGCAGGAGCACCUGAGGUUGUCCUCAGCUUCCGCACGUGAGCCAUGGCGCACAUGUACCUGCACUUAACUACACGCAGGCACGCGCGCAGAGAUUUAAAGAUUAAACGUAACUAGAAAAAUAAGAUUCCGAGGAGUGUUCUGUUCAGCUUGUCUUACAGGUGAAUUUGAAAUCAGGAAAAAGGGAGUCACUUCAGUGUGUAGCUAGGGUUGACGACACUAGCUUGAGUCACUGGAGAGAUCAGAGCUUCAGUUGAAAGAUGCCUCCUUAAGAUCAGGCUGUAGACAAGCCUAUGGGGCCUUUGCUUAGUUAGUGAUGGAUGGGGAGGGCCCAGCCCAUUGUGAGUGGAGCCAACCCUGGGCUGGUGGUCCUGGGGUUUUAUCAGAAGGCAGGCUGAGCAAGCCUUGAGGAGCAACCCAGUAAGCAGCACCCCUCCGAGGCCUCUGCAUCCGUGCCUGCCUCCAGGUUCUUCUUGCUCUGUGUGAGUUCCUGUCCUUUGAUGAUGAACAGUGAUGCAGGAGAGUAAGCCAAAUAAACCCUUUCUUCCCCAACCUGCUUCAGUCGUGGUGUUUUCCCCACAGUAAUAGAAACCACAAGACUAUCAAGGCUCAGUUUAGAAGGCACCCAACCCUGUCUCCCAACACAUUGGGAGCCAUCACCUCGGAGAGGCGGAGUAAGCCAGGCAGUGACAAGACAGGCUUGCUAGGCUCCCGGAGGACACCUGGGGGUCUGUUCUUCCAAGCAUGUACUCCUUCCCUGAGUCUAUCUUUAUCACUAACGACAUCAGUUUGCUGUGACAUCUGUAUUUCUAGGUUACCAUCAAACACUAGGCAAGCCUUAGGCUGGGUGUCUAGGAGUCGAAUGUGGUGUUCUUCCCACCCUCCCCCUCCCCCACCCCCCACCCCCUGCCAGGGACUCACAUGAGUGAACAGCCUCAGGUCAGGGCUGCCCAAGAUAGUUCAGAAAGGCCAAGAGCCCUUAUCCUACAUGCUCUCUCCUGGGACCAGUAACCUCAUGUUCCCUCCGGGCCAGCCAACUGUCAGAGGUCGGAGUCCAUUCCUCUGAGACGAAUAUCUGCAUGGCACAAGCAGCAGAAAACCACAUCUGAGCAGGCCCACUGUGUGAAACGGGGUCAGCGUGAAGGACCACUGAGGUCAUGCCCCAUGGGAAGUAUGAGGAUAUAGUUUUGGAACGCAAGAUCAGGGAACCUGCCCUUUGGCCGACAGAAGGCAUAGUUUCCAUCCUAAAAGAUGCUCUUUCUCACGCAGCGCCAUCAGCUCAGAAGGCCAACAGGGGACACAGCUCCAAGCCCCAAAGGUGGAAGCCUACAAAGGUGGAAAACUAGUGAGCAGCCAACCAAUGUGGAAAAAUGGCACUGAGCCACUCUGUGAAGGAGCGAACCAUCUCUGAGAACAGCCUGAUCAUCCUGUUGCAAGGCCUCCAGGGACAAAUAACCACUGUGGACCUUCGAGAUGAGAGUGUGGCCCGAGGACGCAUCGACAACGUUGAUGCUUUCAUGAACAUCCGUCUGGCCAAUGUCACCUACACCGACCGCUGGGGGCAUCAGGUUGAGUUGGAUGACCUUUUCGUGACAGGUCGUAAUGUCCGAUAUGUCCAUAUCCCAGACGGUGUGAACAUCACUGCCACAAUCGAGCAGCAGCUACAGAUCAUCCACCGUGUGCGCAACUUUGGUGGCAAGGGUCAAGGUCGUCGAGAGUUCCCCUCCAAAAGGCCAUGAGACUGUGUCCUCAUUCAAAUUCCAGCACCACCUCAGGGACCUCCAGUGUUCUGAGCCAACUCCCGUCCAUCCUUCCCCACCAAUGACCUGGUGUCUUAUAGACACAUCACAGCUGCCUUUCAUAGGGUUCCACUUUUCAGACACACCUUGGGACCCAGAAUUCCUUCUGCUGGUGGCCUUGGGGUAGGUGACAAUCCCUCUUUUUGAUCAUUUGUAUCUGGAAUCUCCAUUCACUGAUUGACCCCAUCCAUCAAGGAGUUGUUAACUCUGCCAGUGAGGAUUACUUGAGAGUGUUUGGAGUGAAUCACCUCUAACAUCCCAUUUCUCUUGUCAUUUGUUUCUUUUCUCAUAAAACCAAACUCCUGGGA